UGUUUGGAUGAGAACAGAUUGUCAAGCAAUUCACAUUGCAAGUGUAUGAAUGUGUGUGUGUGUGUGUGUGUGUGUGUGUGAAUGAAUGAAUGUGUGUGUGUGUGUGUGUAUGUAUUAAAUAUACGAGUAUAUAUAUAUAUAUAUAUAUAUAAACAUACAUGGGGUAAAGUAAAGAGGGUGAGAAAGAGUGUGUGAUGAUGGUUCCAAUCUCAUACCAAAAUUAUCUGUUCCACGAUGGUUUUUCUAUUAUCACUAUUGCUUUUAUUAUUUGGAUGUGUUUCAUGUUCUGCAAGGAUAAGGAACUGCUCAGUCCCCCCCUCUGCACCCGCAACCAUCCAAACAGAUAUCCCUCCCCGCGUCAUCCUCUCUCUCUCUUUCUCCUUUUCCUUUCUUUUCUCUUUUUCUUUUUUUUUCUUUUUCCUCUACGCUGUAGCCUCACAUUUCCUCCCAUCUUCCCCCUCUUUCACCCAGCCUCACUCUCACAUCAUUCUUCCUUUCCUACUUUUCACUUUUUCUUUUCAUUUACCUGUCCCUUUUCUCAAAUCUCCUGUAUCUCCUCAUCUUUUCCAAUAGCCAAUCUGAUUCUAAUUAUCCUUCUAUUCCUUUGAUCUUUUUGUUUGUUUACAUCAACCAGCAAAACAGGCACCAGUUGCAUUUUGAUUCCAGUACGACUACUUUCCACACUUUAGUCUUUUUUACCCUAUUCGUCUCGACCUCGACUCGACCUUGACUCGACCCUGCGUUCGAUCAAUCAGCAUUGGUUAACCUCAAGAAUAAGCACGCCUUUUCAGGAUUUUAAACGACAGA